CGGAUCUGAUGCCGACUAACAUGCCAAAAGCACCCAGAACAGCGUUCCGCCCGGUCACAUUAUACUGAUGAAAAGUAUUCAUCGUAUAAUAAUAAUAAUAAUAAUAGUAAUCCUCACUGUAUUUUAAGUUAUCACUGUAACGGUGUACUAAUGAAUGAAUAUGUGCAUUAUACUUUCAGAGGAUUCAAACGAAUCAUACGUCUAAAGGACUGUUGGAUAAUCCUGAAGUUGAUUCAGAUAAAGGGUUACACUCGCCUAUGACAUCCAACAUAUUACCUGCUGAUAAAGACGCAAAGUGGUUCAUGAAAGUUGUAAAGGAACGUAACAUUGACGAAUUCAUUAUGUUGGAAAAUACUUUUGCUACAACAUAUCUAAACGAGGAUUCUUGUGCCAGUCUUCUACAUUCAGUGGCUGUGUAUGGAACUGCCAAAAUGGUAGAGCUUAUGCAAAAUUGGAACGGAAUUAAGUGGGAUGAACAAUAUACAUUUUUCGGAAACAGAUUCGGGGAUUCACCUGAGGUAAUACCUGUCGAGAAAGCAACGGCAUUAUACAUAGCAACGUUUUUUGAUAGAACCGAAGUAGCAGAAUCGUUGGUACAAUGUGCUGGAGAAGACAAUAUCAGAUGUUGUUUUCAAAACAUACAACUCAGUAACAAAAUGGAACAAGUGUUUAUGUUGGAGCUCGCAAAAAGGCUGACACAAAAACACUGUGAUCUGCAGCCGGCAGUUGUUCCAGGUCACCAACACGACGGCGACAAUAUUCGCUUACGGGUGUUCGUUGUGUAUUCACCAGCUGUGGUUCAGGCAUCGGAAUACAACUUUAACGGACUAGCAUCGGUGAAGCUCCGUAAUCCAUACGUCAUCAAAAAAGCAGCAUUUUUCGAACCCGAUAUCGAAACAAAAUCAUGUGACAAAGUUAUUGACAAAACAAAAAAGGCCAUAACAAUUCAUCGUCAGGUUCUUUGGAAGAAACAUAGCAACCUGAAUAUUAUCACUGGCAGUCACAUAAAAUAUCGAAGGAAUGGAUCAGAUAUUGAGAAGAGACACUGUGUUGUCCUAUACUGCAGUACCAAGGGCGUCAUCCCACUUGGCGAAGAAAGGUUUCCAAGGCGAUUAUAUAUAGACAAGGAUGACUAUAUAGAUGUUGAUGUCCGCGAAGGUUUCUUCGAACAAAGUAAAUACAUAACACAGCCAAGUACGUGGCCGCAUCCAACUCUCAAGAUGGGUUGUAAUAUUGGACGGUUGACACCCCAAUACAACCCACAGGGAAAUCUUCUUCCAAACCUUGGUGGUACUCUUGGCCCCUAUGUUAGGUACAAUGGCAGUCUUGGUUUUCUCACCUGUGCACACGUUCUGUUUGACAUCCCUUCACCAACAUAUACUUUGAAUUUCACACCUAGUCUCGCACAUUCAGUUGAAGUCGUACAGCCAUCAACCGAUGCAACUCAAUUUCAAGGUGGCGUUGCCUGUGGAGUUGUAGAGAGAGCCAUUUUUGAUCCUACCCGUACACCGAGCGUUGAUGCUGCAGUUGUCAGGUUGACAGAUAUUGCCAGGGUACCUGACGCUGGUCAAUUCUCCAAUGAACUGCACAGUAGCUACAUAAAUGCAGGCUUUGACGAACUGCCCGAGUACAACAAUGGAGCUAUGCUAACAGUCGAAGAUGUCAACGGCCUAGGUUCUACACAAAAUGUGGUAAAAUUUGGAAGUAAAACCGACGUGACCAGGGGAGCUUUAAGUGUGUUUGGUGUUAACGUCAGGCCAUUAUCGACUGUACUAGGUUUGCCGAACGGGGUGGGUGAUGUAGAAAUGAAAGAUCAAUAUCAGGUUAUAGGAAUUCAUCCGAGUGCAAACUUUCUUGAAAAAGGGGACUCAGGUUCUGGAGUGUUUUGUAAGGACAUUAAUGGGGUUUUACACUGUAUCGGAAUGGCAAUCGGCAGCGCCAAUGUUUGUGAUUACCAGUACAGAGCAGGAGUUGUGACGCCAAUCGAGGCAGUGUUGCAAGCACUUGGUCCAAAUAUCACCCUAGCUACAUUUCCAUGAGUGAAACGUACCAUAGAGUAUUGCCACAUAGAUAGCAUACAUGAUAAGGAAGAAUUCCACUUCAUAGUUGUUUUCCUCUUGGGUACUUCCUUAUAUAUUAGAAAUUGAGCUAAAUGUGUGAUUAUUUUUAUCUUUACAGUAACUGCUUUUAGCAUAGUAUUCAUCUUUCAUUUUGAUAUUGAUCCUGGGUAGGACUAUUCAAGUAAAGUGUAAUAUCGGCAGUGUGAAAGAGCGGUGUUGAUAUCGGAAACUUUGUGUUUUGUUUUUGUUUGCUAUCAUAACUCGAAUGUGAUUCUAUGAAAUUAUAUUGGUGAUGAUGAUGAUGAAUUUGAACUUGAUGGGACUCUGUCAUAUGUGUGUGACUUUGCUGAGCAAUUGAAAGUCUAAUAAGGGAAUGUGUAUAUAUAAAGACCCGUAGGAAUUUAUUAUAUACUAUGAAAGUUGUUUAUUUAUAAAACAAUGUUGAAUAUAGCAAACGAAUUCGUAACAGUGUCGACACAUUCUUAUCCAUUUUUCAAAGCCAUUUAAACUUUGUGAACAAAAAUAUCAUAUUAAUUUGAAACAGACAAAAACAAAGAAACAAAUGGAUCGUUGAUCAAACUGAUUUACAGUAUAAAACCAAAGUGUGGGCUCAAGUGAUGACGCAAGCACAUAUUUGUUUGUAUUGAUUAUUGUUCCCUUCCUGUUAUUGUUAUUGAUGUAAUAUGUAUCUUUUAUUAAUAGAAUGACAGCUGUAUGUGUUGUUGAUAUUCCUAUACAGCGCUUAUAUACAUUUGGCAUAGUCAGACAACUUGUAAAAAUGUGGAUUGUGCUGCAGCUUUGUUUUCCAGUAGUUUGGGAUUAAAAUGCUUUAAGAUGUUAUCCAUAGGCCCACUACAUUAUAGGAAAAUGACAUGAACCUGUUAUCAGGUGGGUUUUAAUAAUGCCUUUGAACCUCAUCUAAAAGCUGUUUAAUAGUCCCUGGACAUAAAACAGUUUUUUUGUCAGUAUGUACUAACCUUAGGUCAUAGUUUGUAUUGUAAUAAUCAUGAAAAAAACAUUUAAAACAUAACAAUAUGUUUUAUCAUCAUGAUUAGUGACGGCGUUAAUUAAUGACGUCACAUCGCGGGGGCAUGUCCGUUAUACACGAACAUUGAUUGAUGCAGUCUAUUGGUUUACUUUAGGAUUUGCAGUACGAUUGUAAAAACUACUUAAACAACAAGUGGUGAAAUGAAGUAUAUUCUAUAGCAUUGAAUACAUUUUAGUAUGAAUAUAGUUUUUAAUUAUCACAUAUUUAACUUAAAUUAUGUUUAAAUAUUGAAUUUUUAUCUUUAAUAUCUCCUUUUUUGAAAUGUUACAUCUCCAUUUAACAAAUACAUCGUAAACAAACAUAGUAUCAGUAUUGCAUUAAAUAAUACAAGAAUACAAGAAUACUUGUACACCCUAAUGUAAAUGUGGUUUUAAAAAAGGUUGAAAGUUUCUUCAUUUAUCAAGCACAUAUUUUCAGACACAGUGUCCAUUCAAACUGUACUAACUCUUGUUCUAGUGUUUCUUAUGUUAAAUACGGUUAUUAUUCAAAUUUGAAUAAUUCAGUGAUGUCGAAAAGUUGGAGAGAACGAGAAAGGUAAUGUUUUGGCAAAGAGCGUGGACGUUGCGAGUGUGAAUGAGAGCCGCCAUUUUGUGAAACUACGUCAAAUACAGCUUCAGACAGGUUCGUCAGUCGAGAUCGCACGAGUGUUUAUUUCAUUGUUGGUAUUUUUAUUGAUGUUUUUCUUCACAUGAUUCAUUUAUACUAUUAUCAAAACUACAGAACUAAAAAGUUGAGUUAAAUAUUGUUUUGGUCGUGAUAUGCAUCAGAUAGUUCUGGUACCCAGGGUUCAAACAUAAGUCCACCUUUAUUGCACAGUGUCAUGAGAGAAUUUGGAGAGGUGUGAGGAAUUGUUCAUUGUAUAAUCUAAAAUGAGUUCCUUAAUAAACGGCACCCGUGUAGAUGUGCAAAAACGUAUCCUAUACUUCCUAGUUACUUAUAUAAGGUAUUUGGUUCGGAAAUACCAUAUAAUGAUCUGAGGCUUGUAACAAGCAAAUAUUGAUAUGAUUAAAUGGUUGUGGUAUCUAUGUAAAGGGCUGAAUCAUGGGCGAAGAUCGUUACAACAAUCGCGUUCUCGAGUUAUGCUUCUUUUUCUACCUGAAUUUGUCCUGUCAAAGUUCCUCGUGUGCGUACAUAUGUCUGAAAAAUCUAUGAAUUUUACUAGGUUGGCCUUAAGUUCAGACAAUGAGUCUUAAAAAAACCUGUAUCUCCCAUAGUGCAGAAAGAAUUAUAACUUUAUUUUCUGAAGCAUCGAACCUAUUUUUAAAUAGAUACACAUAUUUCACUACCGAGUGUGAUGCUGGAUGUUGUUUGUUAGGUGGACUGAGUGCUAUAUUUGAUAUCCUGGCUUAUAAUUAUAUUGAGAUAUAUAAAUGGGAUACACUUUAUGGUGUUGCAAAUAUUGCGUACAAUAUAUUGAUGUUGAUAUAACCUCCUCCCGACCUUAUUAUCUACCUAUUAAGUUCAUAUUUUGGAUAUGUAAUGUAUGAAAACAUUAUUAUUCUAAAGAUCCCCGAUACCUAUCGCAUGAACGUUAAAGUAAUUGUUUAUAAGUAAAUUCACAUCGUUAUAUCUGUAUCAAUAGGUGUUUUUCCACCUUGAUCUCAUUAAUCAAUUGAUUAUUUGACUUAUGAUAUAAGCCAUUUGUUUGAUACUUAUCACAUUUGUACGCUUCUGUGGUUUUACCGAUGGCAACAUAACAUCUUUAUUAGUUAAAUUUCAUCCUCUCGGUUAAAUUUAGGUGUCUUGUAUGUUGUUGCAAAGUAUAUCUUGAUUUGAAAUGUGAUUUUGAUUUGAAUUUGAAUAAUGUAUUGCCUUAGAAUGUUAUAUGUUCGAAUAAUGGAAAUAGUAUCAUAAUAAUUUCCAAGAAUAUUGACAAAUAUCUUAUUGAUCAUUAUGUUCUUUGUAUAAGCUCACGUUUUUACUAAUAUACGAAACCUGGUUUUAACGCAUUAAGACUAGUUACUGCAUUUAAAAGUCAUGUGUUCGAAGGAAAGAUAAAGACCUGAAAGUGGAAUGAUUGUUCAAAUCCAGUCAAUCGACCUGUCAACCAAUGACAUUUAGCUAGACAACAAGCAUAUUUGAAUAAUUCUUCCGUUUUUGUUUGUUGAGCCGGUGACAUAUAUGGAGUUGUUUGUCUACGAAGGUUAUUUUUAAUCCAUAUAUAGAAGCGGGUUUUCUUGUACAUUGACGCAAAUGCUGCGGAUACCAUUAUUUUGGCGUUUAAUUGACAUGUUUAUUGAACAUAAAACGAAUAUUUUUUUCCCAAAUAAUUAUAGCUAAAGAACACUGAUAAUUAUUGUGUUAACUGUCAUGUUGUGUUUGUAAUUAAAGUAUGGUAUCUAAGAGGUCCAAUAAGCCAUAUUCUCCCCUUUUUGAAGUUUGUUGUACAUCAGGUAAAAUAUAAGUUUCGCAACAAAAUAAAGAUUGGACAGUUAGCCGUUAUUCGAAAUACCGAAAUACUUUGUAACUUGUUUUAUGGAAACCUGUGCAGCUUCGGGGAAAGAAACUGCCUGAUGUAUCUCAUUGCACGAUCGAAAGAGGCGACUAAUGUUGACGCCCUUGCAGAAUGGAAGGGUGGUAUCUUCCCUUCCUUCUAUUAAGGAAACAUUGAAGAAGUAAAGCAUAUACCUGCUGUAUCCCACUGCAUGUGUAUCGUAGAAGGCGACUUAUUGUGGGUCCCGUGCAGAAUCGGGGGUUUUCUUCCAUGUCUUCUACGAAGGAGACAUGGAAGAGAGCAAAAAUAGUAAUAAUAAUAAUAAUAAUAGUCUUUAUUUAAACUUGAUUACAUAUUGAGUCAGAGACUCGGCUCCCAUAUGGUCAAGCAUAUUAACAAAUGUACAUUAUAUACAACAAUUUGUUGCCGCCCAUUGCAACACCUGGACUCUUUUUUCGUUUUCUAUCGCUCCUGUCUUCUUUUAGUUUUAUGACCCUGGCUGUUACAAGGACGUUAACAAACAAACAAACCAAUUUUCUAGGAAGGAAAGUAAAGAUAGAAAUAAAAAUUAACUGUCCAACUUUACCCUGUCUAGUUCGCUCUAAGCUCAACAAACAAUCGACAUGGGGCUUCUGCCCCAACAUUUUUGUUACUUAACAGAGUUCUUCUCGUUGCUGGUGGUACCUGGAACACUUUUAAAGUUUUUUACCUAGCAUGUUAGGUUACGCUAAAAUGUAUUUCAUUUAUGGUUUGUUUGUGAAUACAGCAAUAUAAUUUUCGUCUUUCAAAAAUUUAGUUUUGCACUUUUUGUAAUAAUUUGUUUGUUACUCAAAGUCAUGACUGAAAUGAGAUGUUUAGUUUUCACUAUAGAAUCUAGUAACUUUUCUACUUCAAUUUUGACUUUUGUGUUUAAAAUGCUUUGCACUGUGAAAAUCUUGGUUUGCCGUUUUUAACGAUUUUCUAAAAAUGAAUUUGCUUGUGUAAGACAUUUUCUAUUUUUGUUUAAUUGAUAAAUUCAAAACAUGGUUUUCAUAUUAAAUAUAUUGUAUAAAAUGGCUCCAGCUCCUCAAUAUGUAGCGCUUUUUUAAACAGCAGUUUCAUUGUUUUCUGAUAAAUAAUCAGCAUGAACAAGGAUGCAAACACCUUUCCCUGAUUUGUUCUGAGGACUAGGAACAAAGCUUGAUCAUCGGAAACCAUAUAUGUUUCCAAUUCACCUUCUUCUUUAUAGGGAUUAUGUCUUUAUCCCCGAUUAUCACUCCAAAAUGGUUAGAUUCAUGUGCUUUUCAGUCAGUUAUAUGCUUUUCACAUUUUUAAAGGUUAACAAUAUCCAACCUCUUGCAUCUUGUUUUACUAGAGCCAGUUUAGUUUCAAAUGAUGUCACUAUUUACCACGUGAAGGACGUCAAUGAACGUCUGAUAGUGUCUACCAUAUGCCUACAAUUUGUACCAAGUUUUCUUGUUAUAUAUCAAUAAAGGUUAAUGAACCUUUGAUCUAUGUUAUAUACAACUAACAUCAUAUUUGAUAAUUGAAACUAUAAGCUUUUGUUGUGACAAUAUUUUACUCAUCAUUAAUAAAUGAAAAAU